AUGUCAUCAAGGCCCGACCGACGUCGCAGCUAUGACCACGGUUCUUCUAGGCGGCAUUCCGGUGCAGAUUCGAUUGAUGCUCCCUCCCGCCGCAGGUCGAUCCGACGCGACGGCUACGACGACGAUGGCGCUACGUUUACGUCUACGAUUACAGAAGAACCCUCGGAGAUAUCGGACCGGCGGCGGAGAAGUUCAAGAAGAGAGAACGAUGACGAUGAUACGCGAAGGUCAAGCAAAAGCGAUAGAGGUCUGAAGGAUGAGAGAAGGCGCGGAGACGUGGGAGGCGCAACUAGGGAAGAGGGCCGCCGCGACUCUCGCAAGUCCGGCAAGUCAGACAGGAGGGAGAAGGAGAGAGGAAGCACACACGCCCUCGGAGACCACGACGCUGCCUUGCCUCAGAAUCAAUUCCCAGGAGAAUUUCCUGAUGCCUACGCUCAGCCAUACCGACCGCCCGGAUUGGCUGCGGAGUACUAUAACGACCAUGGAGAAUCAGUACAGUCCCAACCGGGCGUCCGACCCAACCAACCGAGCGUUGUGACGAAUGCGGAACAAGCACACCUCAUGGAGCCUACAGUAGAACCAAAGCCUCCACCUGAGCCCAGCAGCUUGGGCCAGAUUGGUGCAGCCGCGAGCUUUUACGGCGAUACUAAUUACGAGAAUGAUUCUGGACAUCAAACAACCCCUUCGAAGCCUCCCCGGCUGGGUUCCGGAUCAUACAGGCCGGUCAAGCACAGCACAUACGGCGCGAGCCCGAGAUCAAGCCCUGUGCCGCAGGGGAGUAUGACACCGUCUACGCAGACUCCAGGUAGAAUAGGUUUCGCAGCACCCGCAGCCGCUGUGGUUGGGGCUGCAGCCGAGUAUUAUGCAGGAGGCGGAGGAGGGUCUGCAAGCGCAUAUCAGACACCAAGUCGACCGCCGCCUGGGCAACACCCAGGAUUCACUCCGCACUCCGCUCCCCCUGGGAUAGGCGGCUCGCAAUACCAUUCCAAUGCGGCCCUGUACGGCGGAGCUGCGGCACUCACUGGCGCAGCAGCUGGAGCUUACAUAUCAUCUCAUGGUCACGAGCAUCACUCCCACAGCCAUCAGCAGGCUUCGACCCAUACCUCUGCUCAUGCGAAUGGGCAUGCCCAGUCGCAUGGCGCACAGAUGCAUCAGGCCCAUCGGCACAAGCACAAGGGUCUCUUUGGCAAAUUUGUCGACUGGUGGCGAGAUCCUGAAGCAAUUGCGCAAUAUGAGCAAUACACGGAGGCAAUCGGUGUAUGCAAAUACUGCUUUGACCCUAUGAGCACACCAGCAGAUGCGCCUCGCAAACAUGGCUAUCGCCGUCGAACCCCUUCCGGUGGUCGGCACGGAAGCACUACUCGAGUAGACAAGACGUACAGAUAUUCUUCCGACGAGGAGCGGCGGAAACGCUCUGGCACAAAGGUAGCGCUUGGUGGUUUGGCCGGUUAUGGUGUUGCUAAAGUGGGUGAGGCUAUGUACAAGCAACGUCACGACUUUGACGACACGUACUCUGUGAAAUCAGGCCAACCUGUGAAUCAGAGCAGGGUCAGUUUCCACGACGAGCCCCAGUAUGAACGCUAUGGAGACGUCAGGCUCCAAAGACGCGACAGUGAUAGGAAGACGAAGAAAUCCGAAAAAUCCUCGCACAAAGAGAAGCCCCGACGUCGCAGAUCUCGGUCAUCUUCCUCCAGCUCCUCCUCACAUGGCAUCUCUCGUGGUGCGGCAAUGAGUGCUGGUGCUGCUGUUGCUGGCGCUGCUAUGGGUGCUGCGGCGCUGGAUAGAAAGACCCGGCCGCAGAGUCGAAGCAGAAGCCGAUCACCCACGUCAAGGGAAAGAUACUUUUCAAAACGGGUGUCCCCAAUGCAUUCUUAUGUGGAUCUUUCAGCGACCAAUGAGGGGCGUGGUGGCCUAUUCGGCUUCUUCACCUCUCCUUCAGCCAACACGAAGAAGGGCAAGAAACCAAAAGGGCUGUUCAAUUUUGGGAACGAUUCCAGUUCUUCGUCGGACGCGGAUCUUCAGUUUGGGGCCGGCACUGUCCGUCGAAAGCCUUCCGCAAGGCGGUUACGCACGAGACGUGAGAAACCUCAACCGGACCACUCGGCUGCGGCGAUGAUGGGGAUGGUGGCUACAGGGGCUGCACUCGCGGCUGAAGUUGAUAGGAGGCACGAAAAAGGUAAGCGGGAGCAUGACACUGACAGGUAUGCAGGCCGAAGUAGCAGACAUGCAAGCGAACACAGGAUAUCCAUGGACGAGCACGAAACCGGCGGACGUGAUGAUGAAUGGUACGACACGGAUGGUGAUGCCGAGUCUGAUACGAGCGUCGACACCGCGUUGGCGUACGGGGGAGGAAUUUCUGCCGCGCAAAGUCGAGAGUCCCUUAUCCAGGAUCGAAAGUCAACAAGGCCCAGCCACAAUCUCAGAGAGAGGGAUCAGAGAAUGUACCACGAUGGCCAAGCAGGUUAUGGUCCGACGACCUCCUUCCCCAACUCCGCAACUCAAACCACCGUCGCACCAGCUGCAGGAGCAGUGGGAGGAUGGAUGGCGUCAGACGCAAUGCACCAAGACCCUAGACUGCCGAUGAGCCCCUUGCCACCGAUGCGGGAGGUUGAGCCUCGACCACUAUCAGAUCCACCGUCAAAAGCAGUCGCGCCCCAGGUGACGCGUGUUUCGUCGACGUCUGUCCCGCUCCAGCAGCCGCAACCGGUCGUUCCGGUCGCCCCUUUUAUCAACGACCUUGGUUCCCAGUCGACCGACGUCCAAAGACGCAUGGGUCGAGAGGCACAAAGUGAAAGAAGGCGACCAAGACGAGACUCAAGCCCUGCCAAGCUACCCACGCAGGACCCGAAGGACCCGAGAAACAGCGUCAACUUCAGCCUGACCGACGAGCAGCUCGAGAACGAAAGACGCGUUGAAGACCGGCUCCAUAGGGGGAAAGCUACUUCAAGCGACAAUGCCCAGCGAAAGUCCGCUGAUGCAGGCAACCUCGCGGAGACUUCGACUAGGCGAGUCGAAGUACCCCACCAAGAGAGAAAGCCACGAAGUAGACGGUCUUCUGAAGCGACUCGUAGACCUUCUGAUGGUGAUGAGCGCGUUGCUGAGAUCGAACGAGAGCUUGAGAGACUCUACGAGGAGCAUCGGCAGGCUGAGGAAAGAAAACGCAGGAGAGAUUCAGGAUUAAAGAAAGCAGCCCAGGGUGCAGGUAUAGUCACCGCGGCUGCCGUGACUGCGGCAGCUUUGGCCGGGAAGGACAGCAAACCUGGGUCGGGCGAAGAUUCGACGCCAAAGCGGAAAUCAAGCCUUAAGAGGAGUCGCGAAAGGGAGAGUUCGCCGCAGUCUGAGACUCAGCAGGAACGGAUUGCCAGGAUGGCUGCUCAGAGGGUUAGAUCCACUCCAUCACCAGUCCAGCAUGACAACUAUGGUUCUUUCUUUGUCCCAGCCGAACUCAGAGAGCAUCUGAAAGAGCACAAUGACAGAGCUGAACAUCGAGAUGACAUUGGAGCAAAUGUAGUCGAGAUUGUUCCUGGAGCACCGAAAUCUCUUCGACCACAUCCGUUUGAUCCCUUCACAUACCGCCAUUUUGUUCUUGAAGCAGAUGACGAUCCUUCUCUCCACCCUUGGCCUGUUCCGGUGCUCGCCUUGGUCGAACCGACUCCACCAGGUAGCAAAACGCACAGCGUUCGCGGCGAUGAGACUCCCGUCAUAGAGCCGAAGAGAACAGAGCCGGUGGAGGAGAUUGGUGAGUCACUUGAGCGGCGGGAAUCCAAGGUCACAUGGGGUGACCACGACACCUAUGUCUAUGAAGUGCAGACUCCCGAGUAUGAGCGCACUGAUUUCACACCUGAUGGGGAGACGGGCGAACCGAACGUCGCCGAUAUGCCUUCACUAGACGAGAUCGUUGACGAGCCGAGUCCGUCCAGCGAGGAGACUCAAAGUCGACCCGGUCUUGGUCGCACUUGGACGCUCGAGGACAGUGAAGCAGAGAAACUCGAGAAAGAAGUGCCCAUUGUUGAUGACAGACCUCAAAUAAGCCGUGCUUGGACGGUCGACGACAAGGAGGCCGACGAAAUUGACCACGAAGUUUUAGGAUCAUCGCCCGAUAACGGUGUCGCCACACCUGAGCCACGUCCGGAUAUCAUUACAGCUGAGCCCAAAUCUCAAGCACGUCCUCCAUCUAUUGUGGCUGAACCAGAAGAACUACCAAGGGCACCCUCGCCCCCUGGGCAAGCCAGAGCGGACCGGUCCCAGACCUUUUAUCAGAGUCCUUUUGCCGAAUCCGUCAGCGAUGUCGGCGCAAUGGGCGACUUCCAUACACCAGCCCGCUCUGAAGCUGAGAGCCUGCGUACAAUCGAGGAAACUCACGCGAGGCACGAAGAAAGCCGAAACGAAGAUGAUACGUCUGAACCACAAGUGCUGGAGAUAUCUCCUGGUCCCCGGACGAGCAAAAGUGAACAACGUCGCCGAGAGCGUGCAAGCUCUUUAGCUGACAUAAAUCAACCAUUCGGGUCUGAGCAACGUUCCGCUGAAGACGAGAGUGAUACCGCUUCUCCACCACCAGUACCGGGCACCGACAGCGUCUUUGAUUAUUUGGUGAAUGGCAAAGCGGAGAAUGCCGCCUCCGCUUCGGUCUUGGGGCUGGGCGCGUCGGCGGUCCUUGUAGCCGACCAGGUUGCAAAAUCAGGGGACGAGCACGAACAAACAAGGACCCCUGUGCCUGCGGAAGAGGAUCAGCCCUUGAAGCCAAAGCGGUCGAGCACAUUCGAUGAGUCCAAAUCGCGACGGUCACGAUCGGGGUCAAAAGCCGGAUAUCAGUCCGAUCCCGAGGACUGGGAACGCUCAGCAGAUAAGUCCGGAAAGCCAAAAUCUAGCUCAAAGAGCGACAUUGGUACCAAGUCGUCGAGCAAGUCAGAGAGCCGGCGCGAAGUUGACGAAGCGAGUUUCACGCCACUUCCGAAAUCUCCUGCCGGGGAUGAUCUCGGCGAGGAUGCGGCCUCGCGCCGGAGCUCACGGCAUCGCCGCAAGGACUUUGACGAAGAUUCAACUAUCAGCCGCAAAAGCAGAGAUGAAGGCAAGACGUCACGUAGCCGCCGAAGCAGAGAUGCAGAUGGUAAUCAGGAUGAUGAUGCACGUUCGGUUGCGAGCAGCGACUCGAAAGGAAAGAAAAAAGAAUCAGGGGGAUUCUUCAGCAGCAUCUUCUCCAGUAAUAAGAGCGAUGUUAGUACGUCGAGCAGAAAAAGCUCGAAGUCUACCAAGUCAGAGAGCCGAGCAGACCGUGGUCGUGACGACCGCUCUGAAUCUCGCAGGAAACGCAAGUCCAGGGACAAGGCAGAUUUGGACGACGUGGCUUCAGCGGUAUCAGAGCCGACCCGAAAAAGCCGUCGGAGCUCAGAUCCCCAAGAGGCAGCUACCGACCGGAACGAACUCUCGAGAGAUCAGAGUCUUGAUGAUGGUUUCGUGUCUGCUGAAGAGGUCGCUGAAUCACCAAUGAAGAGUGUCAGAGAAGGCGAGUCUUUUUUAGCGAGUCGCCCCGAAAUGCCAGAACCAACGGUCAUGGAUAUACCAAUGGGUACUGAUGGUGUCUCGGGGCCAACAUCCGAGAGAGGUCCAUCUACACAACCUGAUACUGUUGCCAGCACUCCGGUCAAGGUGCCAAUCGAGUUGGAAGAUAAUGGUCUUGAACCACCUGGUCUGUCACAGAUCGCUGAAUCACGACGUCUAUCUGCCAUCCGGACCAGCGACGUGCCUUCUAGUCCUAUCACCACAGGUUCUCCGACCGCUGUCCCACUGCAGUUCCGCCGCCCACACAUGUCGCCAACCAACCAGCGCUUUUCAAUGAGUUCACCUGUCGCAGCACCCAGCUCUCCACUAUCUACGCCUCGAACUCGACAAGGUAGACCCAAGUCUACAGAAUUCCGCAACAGCAAGGAGUUCCGACCACUCUACCUUGUGGAAAGACAAAAUUUUGCGAAAACGGCUGCCACUGAACCUGAAGAAAACCUGCCUUCGCUACCAUCUAGCAGGACCAGUUCGGCACACCCGUCGAUGGAAGAUCUUCGAGCAGAGGCACAAGCAUGGGAACAGUCCGACUACGUCACUCCAUCUCGGAAGAGCGCUGAAAUGUUCCGAGAGCAUGGUAGACGGCACAGCUUCUCGUACUGGCGCGACAAUGGGAAGCGACGUGAAUCCCCGGAUUACUUGGAUUCUCGAUCGGCUACCCCUGUGCCGGGUGAAGCACAAAGAGCUCGUGAUCAAGAAACAAAGCCUAAGCUGAAGUACGAGUUCCAUUCACCCAGCGAAUUGCUGCAAGAUCCAGCAUUGUUACGUGACGUGCCUUCGGUGGAUGAUGCCGACGCACUCCAAAGUCCUCUUCCCAGUGUUGCGAGCACAGACUUUGAUCAAGACUACAUGAGCGCACGAAGCAGAAGCUUGUCACCGACGACAAGGUCCCGAAGCCUGAGCAGGGGUCGACGGAGCGCUUCGACCACAAGAUCAACCUCGGCAUCCUGGCACGAUGCAUUGACUACUGCAGCAGCUGGUGUGUUGGCAGGGUCUGCACUUGGCAUCGCUGCUCAUGAAGUCCUGGGAGAGCCGUCUGAUGACGUCCCGCCAGAUGAAGUAGCGACACCACGGAAGUUUGAGUUCUUUCCAGAGGAGGUCGCGGUUCUGAAAGAGGAGCCUAACUCAUUCGAUCUUCAGCAGGAUCGGAGUCUUUCUGCGUCUGCGCCGGCAACCGAGCAGCGACCUCUUGAAGCCACCACUGAGGAAGUACGAGAUACUAGCGGAUGGAAGAAUGUCUUUGCGGAGCUACACAACCGUGAACGUAGCUUGAACCCUAUGUCCCAAACCUUAGACGUCCCCACCGGCAGAAAGUUGGUGUCCGAGGGCUUGAUGGAGGAGACGGCACCUGAAGCUCUUCUGCCAGUCUCUCCACUUGUGGCACUUGGGGAAGAAGUGGCCCACGCUCAUCACUCAAUUCCAUCUGUGGUCAAAGGGCCAAUAUCGCAAGAAGGGGACACCGCGAUGUUAGGUAAAGAUGGGCUUCCACGGACAGUGCGGGAUUAUGAAGAGCUGAUCCAGGAAUCAGGCAGCAGAACGAAGAAGUCGAAAAGGGAUAAGAAGGGCAAGAAGAAACGGACCACUCUGACAUUGGACGAAGAUUUGCCACCGACGCCAGAUGAAGGUGUGGUGCCAGAACAGAAUGAGAGUGUGCUCAGAGGACUGUCGUCACUUGGGGUGCAAGCAACCGAUCAGGAAGCGGCUUUGGACCUGCACAGAAGCGUCGAAAUCGCCCCAGAAGCAAUGCCAACACAACCUGAACCAGGCGUGCCGACUUUACCUACCGUUGAUGACGAGCAAAAAGAUGUAGAAAGGCCGCACGAACAGAUCUUCACUCUAGAUGACAAGACUAUCGACGAUAAGGCACACGCUCCAGCCGAGAUCAAACAGUUCACGAACCCUCUCGAUGAAGCUUUCGACGCGGCUCUCCAAACAAGGGGUUUGGCCGACGGCGCAACUGUGGAGGCGGCGUACCAAUCAUUUCAUCCAGAAGAUCCCAAUACUGAUGGUACUCAAUUGACAACUAUACAAGAAGAAAGCGAGCUAUCUACUCCUGCUACAGCACAAGAGCCUAUAUCUUCGGACUCUACCUUUCUGGUUCGCCGCCAAUCAUCGAAGAGAGACAAACGCAAGCAGAAGCAGUCGAAGCAAACUCUACCUAACGACACGCCUGACGCGGAUCUGCCGCCGGUGCACGAUGCGGACCGAACGGAAAUCGAUAUCGAUCGAUCGCUGACUGUUACUAGCGAGGAUCAAUUUUUGCCUGAUCAGCGCGUCUUUGCAGAGCCUACUCCAGCACCUGAGCGCCCAAGUCCGUUUGGGGAUGAUUUCGAGAUCAAUCCUGCAGAAGAUGAUGUACAAUCGACUACCAUCGGUAAUAGCCAGGCGCUCCAUAAGCCAACGGGUGAAAGAGACAGCGGACAGGCUACUCCCAAGAAGGGUAAGAAAGACAAAAAGAAGAAGAAACGACAGUCUUCCAGCUGGGAAGAAGAAGCUGCCACAGGACAGCCCGAGACAGUUACGCAAACCGGAGCUACCGACCCUGGCCCUCAGGCAGUGCUUGACGAGCCAACAGCCACAGACCCAGACGAUGUCCCAAGCCGCGAGGUUGCUCUCGAAGAAGAAGUAUUUGCUACCCCAGCCGAGAGUCCUCGGAAAGAAUCAGAAGAUCCUUGGACAUUGGACGUUAAGCCGGGAAAGAAGUCGAAGUCGAAGUCAAAGAAGAAAGGUCUGCCUACUGCAUUCGACGAUUCGCCUGCGACAGCCCUCGAAGACUCACCUUCUGUAACUGCACCGAUCUCUGAGCCUGGCAACCCCACCCAGGAACUCCAGGAUUCAGCAGACAAGACCCAAGAUGCUGUGUUUGCGGAGCACAUAGUCGAAGAGGCAGGGAUCAAUGACAUGCCUGCACCUGUUCCCCUUUCGCAAGGGAUAGGUCCGCUUGAAAAGUCUCCUACCCAGGUUGAGUCGGAUUUGGCCACCGGUAGCAUCACAGACAUGGCCGAAGCAGAGCAAGGAUUUAUCUCCGAGGCAGCAAAAGAGGAGCACGAUCCACAAUCCCGACCAGAGGAGAAAUCGUACACGGGAGACGAAGUGGGUGUUGACACCGCUUUGGGAGCGACUGCCACAGCGCCUUCCGUCACCAUGGAUCAACCCCAGGUGGAAGUAUCUGAGUCAGUGCUGGAGGCUGCUGAACACCUUAUAGAGAAAUCAGAUGCUGAAGGUAUGAUCGAGGCGGUAAGAGAAGCCGAAUCUGGUUCUGUGGAAGAUGCGAAUGACACAGACAUGAGAGACAUGACUGCAACUUCUGUACCUGAAGGUCCAGAUCGCCAAGAUGAAUCCAAUGAGCAACCUGAGCCAGAGACUGAAACUGCGACUGCUCCUCCCAUCAGUGACCAUGUCCUAGGACAUGUUCCAGGCCCGGCGGACCACGAGCACGCGGAAGAAUCUGUGCCUCCUUCACUGACGGGAGUUCCAGCAGAGAUUCUGCGUGCUGACUACGAGUCACCGUCUCAGCAGCAGGGAGAGGACUUCUUCCCUAUCGUGAAGAAGUCGAAGAAGGAUAAGAAAAAGAAGCGGACUGCUACCUCUGAAGGCGGUCAACUUGUCAACCCCAGUCAAGAGCCUCUGGUGGAGGAAAUGAUCACACCAUCAGUAUCUGACCCACUCGUGGAAGACAAAAGGGAAAUUGAUGUACCAGAACCUUCAACGCCUGCCGAAGCACAGAUUCCAGUUGCCCGAACGCUGGAUGAGGCAAUACCUCCCCCUGAAGCGCCCACUGAGGAUAUAUUCCAGCUGGACGACGACCGCUGGGCCCUUCCGGGCAAGAAAUCUAAGAAGGACAAAAAGAAGAAGAAGCGGCAAUCAGCUCUAGCUGAGAGUGAUAUCGCGUCUCCUGCUGAGUCUGCGACCGUUACCGACGAGAAGACGAUCAGCGCCGAUAUUCCACGAGAAGUAGAGCCCUCCGACGUGCCAGCCGGCUCUGUUGACCCUUCAGCCGAGUCAGUGGCCCUGGCGCUUGUUGAGGAUGAGCCCAGGCAAGAUGAAGAUCUCUUUUCAGUACCAACCAAGAAGUCGAAGGGCAAAAAGAACAAACGCGGUUCAAAUUUAACCUUUGAUCAGCCAGAUGUGCUUCCCUCGGACGAAAAUGUGCUCUUAGAUGAGAACAACGUCCAAGACACUGGAAGCUACGAAAACACAGUUGCCCCAGAUCUACCACCAGCUGCUGAAACUGGCGAGCUCCAAGCCGACGCGGCAGCGACCCUUGCCAAGGAAGUACCUCCAGAAAAUGAUGAUGGAUUCACACCCACGACGAAAUCGAAGAAGGACAAGAAGAACAAGAAGCGACGGACAAUUAUCAAUGAGGCUGACGAGCCGCAAAAAGAUGCAGUUGAUAGCCAGGAGACGGAAACCGUGGCGACUACCGUUUCGGAACAGAUCCCGGAGCCUGAUGUGCUGGCACAAGAGUCGGUGAAGGCUACCGACAAUGUCGGAGGACCGGAAAAGACAGAUGCUCAGUUUGUGGGUGUAGACACCACCGAAAUCCACGAGCCUCAGCCAACUUCACAGGCGGCUGCUGAAAUCGUCUAUGAUGCUGCUGUCACCCGCGACCCGACAGGUACCACGACCGACCUUGAAAUUUCGGCUAUUCAAGAGGUAUCCGCAACCGAAGACCCACAGACGAUGAAUGCCUCUCAGGAAGACACUGUGUCUGAACAUUUGGCUGACGUGGCUCCGCAAGCUGAGGCACCAUCCGUUGGGCCUUCAACUGAGGCUUCAAUCUUGGAGACUCCAGUCGCUGAGUUCCCGGUCCGUGACUCCAUCAGUGUUGAGACGAGAACCGUCGAGCCUCCAGCUGUUGAGGCUCCGGUUGUGCAUUCUCCCGUCCCUGAGCAAGUCCCGGCUGAGACACCAGCUAUUGAGCCGCCCACCGUUGAGGCGCCGUUACCUCAACGAGUUAUUGUUGACAAGGCAACCGAUGAGCCAUCUACAGCUCAGCUUGCAGUACAGUCCCCAAUCGAGGAAAAAGGUGCGGUAGAGACUGCGGUCGUUGAGCCACUCACUGGUGAGGCUCCAAUCGUACAGUCUCCCGUCCACGGGACAGCGACUCUUGACCCUCCUGUCGAUGAUGAAUCUGGUGUCGAGACACACGGCCGAUCUAGAGCGAAAGAGGCUCACUCUGACGCUCCCAACGCGGUCGAAUCUCCAAUUGUUGAGCCUGUUGUACAAACACAAGGUGUUGAGACUCCUGGAGAUGAGAAAACUGCGGCUAUUGGUACCUCUGACGCCGAUGCGACCGCUUUAGAUGUUCCCUCCGUGCCGGCAGACGCACAGUCGGCUCACGGCUAUGAUUCUUUCACGGUCGAGACUUCAGCUGGCGACCACUCCUCUGCUGAGUCGCAAACUCGUGAGACCUUGUAUGACGAGGCUUCUGGCGUCACCACAAGUCCACUUGAACCUACCGCAGUCGAUGUUCCGACCGUUGAGACUCCAGCUGUUGAGGCUCCGGUUGUCGAGACUCCUGCGGUUGAAGGUGAUGCAGUGACUGUAGGUGGCGUUGCACCCGAAGCUGAGGGAGAAUGGGACAUGCCGGUCAAAAACUGGAAGAAAGACAAGAAAAAGAAGCGACAAUCAGCCCUGGCCGCAGAAGCACUCGAAUCUGAAACUCCAACAAGCGGCACAUGGGAGCAGUUGGUGGCGCCAGAGUCUGCGCCCGCAGUUGGAGAUGAGGUUGUCGGUCCUGAGGCUACGCUGCCGGAAGGGGAUCAUACCAAGCCAGACGCUGACAUGGGCAAUGACGGUCAGGAUGUCGCGGCUCCAACGUCGAAGUCGAAGAAAGACAAGAAAAAGAAGAAGCGACAAUCAAAUUUGGCUGCAAUUUGGGACGAUCCACAAGACGCACCAGACAAGGCCGAGGAGGUCGUCCAGGAAUCACAGCCCGAUGAUGUAGAAGCUCUCACAGUUACAACUGAGACUACGAGAGAGGAACCUGAGGCCGCCUUGGAUGACAGCGCCCAACUGGCUACUGGUGUCGCUACAGAAGAGCAGACUCCAGAUUCUGGAGAAGUUACUCAAGUCAUUCCAGAGGAGUCGUUCACAUUCACCAAGUCGAGAAAGGACAAGAAAAAGAAAAAGCGUCAGUCUACUCUUGUAGACGAUGUGAUCGAAGGCGAUGCCGCAGCAGAUGAUAGCAAGGCAACUGUCGACGAGUCAAUCCCCAUUUCGCCGGAUGCCCCAGUCAGCGCAGACGCCCAAACAGAUGAAAACAUUACCGGAUCACGUGACCUGGUAUACACCAAAGAGCCUUCGCAACCGGAUGACAUUGCUCUAGCCGACGCAUCAGGCUCACAAGAUGUUCCUGAUGAUGAGUGGGCGUUCACAACGACUAAGGCCAAAAAGGACAAGAAAAAGAAGAAGCGCCAGUCCGCGCUGGAGUCUGUAGCCACCGAGUCAGCCCAACCUGAAUCCAGCGAGACGCAGUCGGGCACAGAGACUCAACCUGAGCCCCCUUUGGCGGAGGAGGCCACAACAACAGAGUCAGCCAUGCUGUUGGGUGGAGAAAAUGGGCCCACAGUUGUCAAUGAUGGAUUCGAUGAUUCAUGGGCUCCGGCAUCCAAGAAGAAGAAGGACAAGAAAAAAGGGCGUAAGCCCAACGCUGAUGAGAUCAGGACUGUCGAUGAAGUGUCAGGGGGGUGUCGAGACAUCGAAGUGGGUGGGAAGCAAGACGUGAAGCCGGAGGUGGAAAAUGUGGACGCGCAGGCUAUAGAACCCGAUGGGGAUGCCGCACUCUCGGCAAUGGCCGAGCAGCACCCUACUCACCUUGCUGAUUUGGAAGAUGCCGCUGCUGAACCCGAACUUGCGGGGCCAGCGUCGGUAGUUCAACCUGCAGAGCGAGCCCAAACACCAACCCCGAUGUCUCUGCAACCGGACGAGGUCACAGAGCCGCAAGAGGACCCCAAGCUCAAAGCUCCUGAGAAAGGACAGCUGGGGGAAGAUGCCGCAGAACGUCCUGUGCCUCCAGAAUCUGAACCGCCGCUCAUACAAGAAGAGACAGCACCGCCCGAAGAGAUAGCACUGCCAGAGGCGACAGCAGCAACCGAAGGGACGACAGAGCAAAAGGUGACCGUGUCCAGCACAAUCGAUCCAGCUCCAGAAGAUCAAAGUCUUGACUAUUUCAGUCUCUCAAGAAAGAAGUCGAAGAAGGACAAGAAGAAGAAGCGGCAAGUGGUCCUGGAGGAGCCACAGACAUCCGAUGUUUUCGAGACACCAAUGGAAAAUGCCACACCAGCUGAACCUCUGCAGACCCCUUUCGACACACCCAUGGAUACAGCAGGUUCUUCUUUCAUUGGAACCGAAGAGAUGGUGCCUCAUGCCGAGGAGGAAGAGCCAACGUCUACGAAGACCAAAGCAAAGAAGGGCAAGAAAGGGCGUAAGUCCGUGGUUGAGGAGCCUGAGCUGGUUGACGCAGCUGAGACACCUCUUGAACGAGAAGACCCCGUUGAGCUUCCUCUUGAGGGUGCAGAGCCCGUGCUUGAAGACGACUGGUCAAGGCCUACGACUGCCAAAUCAAAGAAGGGCAACAAGAAGCGACAGACUAAUUUUGACGAUGCUCUCACCGAACUCACGCCUUCUAUGUCAGAGGCAGAACCCGGGCACGACGAGGCUAUGAAUGACAACUUUGCAGGAAGUGGAAUACCGGUGGCAACUCCGGGAAAUGAAGAGGAAGAUCGCAACAUUCUUAAGAAGACAAAGAAGGACAAGAAGAAGAAACGGCAGUCGACAUUCGAAGAUACCUUUGCGGAGCCUGCUGUUGUCACCAAAGAAGCCGAACCCGCAUCCGUCAACAAAGCGGUAGAGUCUAUCUUGGAGCCAGGCGUGAGCGAAUUGCCCCAAGAACCCACCAAGGAGCCUGUGUUGGCGGACCCGAUUGCUAGUCAAGCUCAGUCUGACGCGGAUGACUACAAAGUCUCCAACAAGGGCAAGAAGAACAAGAAAAAGAAGCUUCAGUCAAUUUUCACGGACAUUGCAGACGAUCCGGUCGUGGUCGAGGAGAGAGCCAGCGCGGCCUUUGCACUUCCAAGUGAGGAGCCUCGUGAAGCGACCCAAACUGCAGACUCGACAGGAGAUGCUUUCGACACAAUGCAAGUGGAAGCCGAUGAAAUGCAGGCUCCUCCUGAAACUACCGCCCCUUUAGACGUCCAUCUACCUGGUGAUGUUCUGGCACACGAGAAGAUGACCGCCGAAGAGAUUAAUGUGGCUCCAUCUGCGGAGCGUGAGGGAAGUGAUCUUCAGCAGCUCGUGUCUCUCGAAGAGCCUGCGGCAGAUGUGACCCCCGCUGUCUUGAGUGAGAGCAAACCUGAUGUUGAGCCUGGUCAAGACUCUAUGGAAGCUCCGGAACUUCCCAGCGUUUCCACGGCUAUCGAACCUGUGGAAGACCAGCCACCGACCACAACCGUUGAAGAGCCAGAGGCUCAGAGCACCGCCCUUCCGGACGCGCCAGGUGUAGUGGAAGUUCAAGUAUCGCAGAUGAGUGAAGAGUGGCGACCUGAAGUGGCUGUGACGACCCAGAAUGAGAAGGUAGAGCCCGCAGAGCCUUCCUUCCCAGACACGCCAAUGACUAUGAAGACUACCGAGCCAAUAACCGAGGGAGGUCGCCUGGACUCGGGAAGAGAAGUGCCAGACGAGCAAUCAGCAGCGUCAGGUCCAGAAGUCCUAGCGGCAGAAGUCCUAGCGGCAGAAGAGCCAGCUCCAGAGGUCCUGGCUCCGGACGACUUCUACGUACCAAAACCCAAGAAGAGCAAGAAGAAAAAGCGGCAAUCAACGUUUGAGGAGCCCGAGUUUGAUUCACUGCAGACCGAAGCAGGAGAGCCCGUGAGCAACCUGCAAGGUCCACCAACAGAGUCUACUGCUGAAACGCAACCGCUGGACCCUGCGCCAGUCGAUCUGACCUCUGUAGACGCGACAACAGCAGAGCAGACUGUUGAGGAAGAAUGGUCUAUGCCAUCCAAGAAGUCAAAGAAGGCCAAGAAGAACCGUCAAUUCGCUUUCGACGAGCCUGGCCUUGGCGCUCUACAAACCGAAACACCCGACGCCAUUGCGGAACCCGAAUUGGCAAAGUCUGGCGAUACGAAAAUGCUCGAUGUGGCAAUUGGACCUGGGAUCCAACCUCAGACGGUUGAGCCUGCCACGGGUGAAGAUUGGGGGACGGCUACAAAGAAGUCUAAGAAGGACAAGAAGAAAAAAAGGAAAACACUUGUAGGGGAGGAAGAAUCCCAGCCUUCCACAGCUCUUGAAGAGACGCUGCCUGAAGCAUCUAUUGUUGACGAGCAGCAGCCCGAUGCGGGCGUUACGACCACGUCGGCCAAACAACUUGAAAGGGAUUCGGCGUUCGAGGUCGACAUGGGAUUAGACACGCCCGCGGAAGCCGCUGUCCUCUUGCCUGACGAACAACAACCGGAAACCGAACCACUUGCCCCAGGAGAUACCACCGAAGGCAGAUUGCCGACUGAUUCACUCCUCGCUGGGGAAGAAUGGGCCACAUCGACAAAGAAAUCCAAGAAGGAUAAGAAGAAAAAGAAGCAGAGAUUGGCUCUUGAUGAUAUCGACAUGGACGAGUCCCAGCCUGCAAUUGCGGCAGAAUCAGCAGCCGUGGAAGCACCCAUCGAGCAGGCCGCUGUUGACGUGCCAACGGGAUCUCAUGAGGUGCCGGUUCUCGAGCUCAAAGUGGAGCAUGAUGGGCCAAAAGGCGCAGAACCGAGGUCUGCCGCUUCACAGCCUCACAUGUUCGAAGACGUGGAACAAGGUUCCAAAGAACCAUUGGCAGAGGAGCCACCUGCGGCCUCGUCAAUUGCUGAACCAAUGGACAUCGUCUCUGAGGAGCCAUCAGCUAUUCUCAGUGGUCACCAUAUCCAAGAGCCAGAAUUAGAAUCAGCCCUGCCAGGAGCAGCAGUUGAGUGCGAGCGAGAACUUGUGCCAACCCUGGACGAGCCUACACAGGUGGAGACUGAGUGGCCUUCGGCCAAGAAGUCGAAGAAGGAGAAGCAAAAGAGCAAGAGACAGUCAACUUUGAACAGUAUCUUGCAGCCACAAGAACAAGUAUCAGACCCUGCAGUAGCGCCAGAAGUGGAAGCACCCCUUGAUGUGCCGCAGGCCGACGUCAUUGCCGAUGUGCAGCAGUCAGCAACCGAUCCUGCUCCAAGCGAAACGCAGGCCCAGGAGGAAUGGGGCUUUUCAACCAAGAAGUCGAAGAAGGGUAAGAAGGGCAGGAGUUUGGCACUUGGUGAUGGUAUCACGACUCCUGGGAGUGAAACACCGAGAUCAACUGAUCAAUUCGACUCUGCAAUCCAGACGCCCUUGGGUCGCACCACGUCUCCAGAACCAAUGGAAGACGUCAAGGAACCAGAUACACCAGCGGUGCAGGUCGAAGCUAACGAUGGAUAUUUUGUUCCAGCAAGCAGGAAGAAGUCGAAGAAGGACAAGAAGAAAAAGUCACUGUUCGCUUGGAGCGCUGACGAUCAGCCGGCCGAGGAGAAGUCCGAGCCAGGGGCAUCAACACCUGCCUUGGCAGCGGAACCUAGCCAGGACACGGACCAUAGGCUGGAAGCGAAUGACGAGCCACUUGCAUCAAUGGCAAAGGACGUUCUCGAUGAAGCAGAAUCAUUCAAUGAUCGAGAAGCACCGAAGACAACAGAACAUCUUGAAAUGGCCACAGCUGUGUCCGGCCCAGAACCUAUUCACGACCGGUCAGUUUCGGGUGAGCAGUACGAGACUUUGAUGGGCGAUAUUUCCGGGCCCGUCAAAUCCAAGCUUCAGGUUGAUCAUCCAGCUCGGGAUAUCGAUGUUGACAUGGCGCAAGCCCCAAAGCACCCUGACCUGCACCCCGAACAAUCUGCUGAUCUGCAAGCGUCAGACGAGAACCUUGCCCCCACCACACCUCCGGCGGAUGCUCUCCCAGAACAAACACGGCCGAUGGUCAUGACAGACAGACCCGAAACUGUUCGAGACCUAGAUGCUGAGCCAGCCAUGCAAGAAAAUGUACCACCGGCGUUCGAGGACCCAGUGCAGCGCAAAAAGAGUAAGAAAGACAAGAAGGCCAAGAAAGAGCGUAGGGUCUUUGAGUUCGCUGGGACUGAGAUUGUACCACCACCAGUUGCUAAACCUGAAGAGACUGACCUCUGUGAGCCUGAUGUGAUGGAGAUUAUCCCAAAGGAGCCCGUCGAGCCAACGUCAGCAACAGCGUCAACUCGAGAACCUCCACCUCCGGAGGACAUGGAAAAUCAUUCUGACGUGAGCGAGAGCACCCGUGAAAGACGACGGAGACGGCGGUCACCUCCAGUGUGGUCUGGAGAAGAACCUGAAGAUCUCCCCAGAGACCGUGCUCUUACCCCACCGCCUGAGCACGACGACAUCAUGGACACGGCUCUGGGCGUCGCGGCUGGACUUGGAUUUGGUGGCAGAGAGCCAGAAGCGACAAGAGAAUCUCCACCAAAACCGAGCUCGCCCGCUCGACAAGCAUCGACUGGAUGGUCGUUUGCAAGACUAGCACCUGGUGUCACUACAGCAGAGUCCAACCGCGACAGUGGUGUCCAGUUUGACUCACCUGUUCUUGCCACUGAUCACUUUUCGUCUACACGGGACAGCGGUUUCAUCCCCAGUCCUGCCAUCGCACAUGUGGAGUUCGACGGUUCCAGAGAUGACGGCCCAGAUACGAAGCUACGGCCUCCUCGCCCACGAUCACCCACCAGUUCCUCUGAGGACGUCGCUAAAACGCGGACAAGCAAAACACGCCACGAAGACACCGCGACACUGGAGACGCCGAGACGAAAGCCAUCGCCUGUUGAGUCUACUUCGAAGGACCGAACUUCAGUCCUAUUCAACUCUUCACCCGCGGUGCCGUCUCCUUUGAUUACAAGCGGCAUUGCCAGAAGUCCUCAACGGGGCCAAAGUCCUCUACGCAGGAGCCCAAGCAUCCACGGCCAUCACCACAGUCGAGAGGAGCUCAGACAGCCAAAGGCUAAGGUGAUCCAGCAUCACGAAGACAGCGAGCAACUUGCAUCCAACCUCAUCGAUCAGUCUGCUGCUGCUCCAAGCAAUCGCUCAGUAUUCGACGCAGAAAGUCGUGACCGCCCGUUCACUCCUGCAAGGUCUGCCCUUGGACCCAUCCAAGAGGACUCUCCUGAAACCGCCGGGAUGGCGCAUUCGUCUCCCAAGACGCCUCCCGGGCUUCCAGCCCAACGAGAUGCUGGCAAGAAUGAUGUCGGCGCUCUCGGCAUCGUGACGGCGGCGGGAGCAGCAGGCCUCGCAGCCGCUGCUCUCGCUUCACGUGACUCAGGUGCUAAAUCGCUUGGCAGGUCUAAAUCGCGAACCUCGUCGUUGCGCAACUUGCGCGGCAACUCCAUCUCCCCGUUCGACCCGGCCAAUUUCACGUCCGGGUCUUCGCAAGAUCCUGUCAAUGCUCGAGACACAGGCAAGGCUGCUGUCCGCGACAGGGACAUGGCUGACAUCUAUGUACGUCUGCAUGCGUCUAACCCGUGUCCGCGCUCUCCAAUGCUAACAGCCUUGCAGGAUGGCUAUGGGUCCUAUCCCGGCAGCCCCAGGUCGCCGACCCGACCUCCGAGCGUACGGCGACGACAAAGCAUGCAACAAAUAAAAGAUCUCGAGGCCCGACUGGACCAAUUGGCCAGUGAGAAUCGCGCGUUGGUCGAGGCCAAGAUUGUCGCCGAACAACAUCUGGAACACGCGCACUUCGAAACAAAUCGCUCUGAGAAUGCGUCAGCUGCAUUCAGUGCGCAGCUGCAAGAGCGCGACGCCGAAAUUGCGCGGCUCAGGCAAGAGGUGGCAUCCCUGGUCGCGACACACGAGUCGCUGAAGAAAGAGCACGAGCAGAGCUUGCUCACCCUCCGUCAAGAACAUGAUCAGGCUCUGUCGCAAUGGCAAGGCUCUUCAAGAGAAUUGGAGACACUGCGAUCGAGGCACACCGAAUUAUCCACCGGCAUGGAGUCGAUCGUCAGACACGAGAUCGACUCGGCUCUUGCAGAGAAGAACGCGGAAAUCCAACGGCUUCGCGACGAUCUAGAAGUCGCAAGAGAGAAGGUCCGGGAGUUACAGUCGCAGAUCCUCGAGCGACCUGUAGACGACGUUGUGAUCUUCCACGACGAGGACUAUUUCGAACAGGCAUGUCAGAAACUAUGUCAACAAGUGCAGGGCUGGGUGCUGCGUUUUUCGAAAUUCAGCGAUCUCAAGUUGUGUCGGACCACCAGCGAAGUCCGCGAAGAGAAGAUUGUGGACAAAUUUGACAAUGCGAUACUGGACGGCUCGGACGUGGACGUGUACCUGGCCGACCGAGUCAAGCGACGCGACGUCUUCAUGUCGGUGGUGAUGACAAUGAUCUGGGAAUAUGUCUUCACCAGAUAUCUCUUCGGCAUGGACCGAGAGCAACGGCAGAAGCUGAAACAGCUGGAGAAGAACCUGGGCGAAGUAGGACCGACCAGCGCGGUGCAUCAGUGGAGGGCGCUUACACUUACCCUGCUCUCCAAGCGCGAGAGCUUCAAAGCUCAGAAAGAAUCUGACACGGAAGCGGUCGCGAUUGAGAUCUUCUCGACAUUAUCCCGGUUCCUCCCUCCGCCACAAAAUUUGGAGGACCAGAUUGUGGGAUCCCUGCGCAAUGUCAUGCGCACGGCAGUCGAGCUUUCGAUCGAGAUGCGCACACAGCGAGCGGAGUACAUCAUGCUGCCGCCGCUGCAGCCAGAGUAUGACACUAACGGCGACCUUGCACGGAAAGUGUACUUCAAUGCAAGUCUAAUGAAUGAAAGAAGCGGAGAAACAACCAGCAACGAAGAGCUUGAACGCGCUCAGGCUGUUGUGCGGAUGGUGCUCUUCCCACUUGUGGUCAAGAAGGGAGAUGACAACGGCGUCGGUGAUGAAGAGAUUGUGGUGUGUCCGGCACAGGUCUUGAUUGCGCGACCGGAUAAGGCGAAGAAACCGCGGAGCUCGACGCGCCAUGUUAGUGGCGGCAGUGAUGGCAAGAGCUUGAGAGCUAUUAGCACCCACAGUCUUGCAAUGAGCGGUCUUGAAGGGAACGAGAACAUGUUCUGA